UCCAGCAAGAAGAAGAAAUCCUCCAAAAUGCCCCCCAAGAAGGCUGUUGUGCAAGAGAAGGUCCUUCUGGGCCGCCCAGGAAAUAACCUGAAGAGUGGUAUCGUUGGUCUCGCCAACGUCGGCAAGUCCACUCUCUUCCAGGCUAUCACGAAGUCUACGCUGGGUAACCCCGCCAACUUCCCCUAUGCCACCAUCGACCCCGAGGAAGCUCGUGUCAUUGUUCCCGAUGACCGCUUCGACUGGCUGUGCGAGCACUACAAGCCCAAGUCCGUGGUGCCUGCCAACUUGACCGUGUAUGAUAUCGCCGGUCUGACCCGCGGUGCCUCGACUGGUGCUGGUCUCGGUAACUCCUUCUUGUCCCACAUCCGUGCCGUCGAUGCCAUCUUCCAGGUCGUGCGUUGCUUCGACGAUGCUGAGAUCAUCCACGUUGAGGGUGACGUCGACCCCGUUCGUGACUUGAACAUCAUCAGCGAGGAGCUGCGUGUCAAGGAUAUCGAGUUCGUCGAGAAGGCGCUCGAGGCUCUCCAGAAGCAGACCAAGCGUGGUGGUCAGAGUCUCGAGAUGAAGAAGCUGCGCGAGGAAGAGGGCACUGUUGCCAAGGUCCUCGAGUGGCUGCGUGAGGGCAAGGAUGUCCGCAAGGGUGAUUGGGGCCCUAAGGAGGUCGAGACUAUCAACCCUCUCAUGUUGUUGACGGCUAAGCCCGUUGUCUACCUGGUCAACCUGAGCGAGAAGGACUACAUCCGCCAGAAGAACAAGUACCUGCCUAAGGUGUUCGACUGGAUCAAGACCAACUCCACUGGUGACCCUCUGAUCCCCAUCUCCGUCUCCUUCGAGGAGCGCCUGACCCGGUUCGAGGAUGAGGCUGCCGCCCUCGAGGAGUGCAAGAGCCUGAACACCAAGUCUGCCCUGCCCAAGGUGAUCACCACCAUGCGUCAGUCGUUGAACUUGGCCAGUUUCUUCACCACUGGUACCGACGAGGUCCGUCAAUGGACCAUCCGCAAGGGUAUCAAGGCCCCUGCCGCGGCCGGUGUCAUCCACACCGACUUCGAGAAGACCUUCAUCCAGGCCAUUGUGUACAACUACGCUGUCCUGCGUGAGUACGGCGACGAAGGCGCCGUCAAGGCCGCCGGUAAGAUCAUGACCAAGGGCAAGGAUUACGUCGUCGAAGACGGUGACAUCCUGCUGAUCAAGGCCGCUGGAAGGAAAACGUUGCUCAUUCGUGGACCCAAGCACCAUCAGACAAUCCCCCCGAGCAACCGCUCGAAAGUCAAAUCCAGCGUGCAGCGCGCCCUGCGCCAACGCUUCCUGGAGACCUACCCGGGCUUCGAGCCGUACAUCGAGGAGGUCCUACCCAAGAAAGCCCAGCUGGAUGCCGUGAAGCUCCCCGAAAGAGCGACCCUCUACAGCAUCGACUCCACCCCGCUCUUCUUCCAACCGCUCGACGGCCCGCCCAUCCCGCACCUGAAACUCCUGCACGCCUACCCGGACGCCCUGCCCACCGUGCAGAUCGACCGCGGCGCCAUCCGCUUCGUGCUCUCGGGCGCCGCGCUCAUGGCCCCCGGGCUAACGUCCCCGGGCGGCCGGUUGCCCGACACGGAGCAUGCGGUGGAGGCGGGCCAGGUCGUGGCGGUCAAGGCCGAGGGGAAGGAGACGGUUUGUCUGGUGGGCGUGUUGAAGGUCGGCACCGAGGAGAUUAAGGCGAAAGGGAAGGGGGUCGUUUUGGAUGAGGGCCAUUAUUUGGGCGAUGGGCUUUGGAGGAUGACUUUGGAUUAGAUCGCUUUCUUUUUAUUGGACGGGGG